AUGAGUAAAUUAGAUGCAUUGUACUUGAGUAACGAUGAUUUUAGUAUUGUCUCUGAAUGGAAUUGUGAGAUUUUCCUUCAAAAUCUAAGUAUACUUCAUGAAGACAUGAUUGUUAUUCCUUCUUCGAACCCCUAUAGCAAGAUUAUGAUCAAUAUUGAUGGUUUAGAUGAGCAAAUACUAAACGAUGUUUAUGGGAAAUUCUGUCUUGGGAGAGCAUUUUGGGAACGAUUACAGUUUGAACCUAUGUUUAGCAUGGAAGAUAGCACGAUUAUUUGUGAAAUAAAAUGCAAACAAUUCGGUGAUAUGAAACGGGGACUGCUAUUCGACAAUCCGAUGUCUUCAAAAGUUCAUCAAACGGCGGAUAUCAAAGCAGCAACUUUGGAUAAAGUUGUAAUAGAUGUGAAAUUUCAUUGCAAAAACUACGGCGACGCAGUGAACAGAACUGAUGUGUUUCAGCUAUUCAACGAAUAUAUGAACUCUUUAGUCAUGUCUCAGUUAGAAUUUAAAAUUCCCCUAGUUUUUUCUCAUACAACGCGAUACAGAUUAGUGGAACAUGAAAAAUAUAUUGGCACUGUGUCUAAAUGCUUGGACAACUCACAGACGGUAACGCCAUCAAUUGUCAAGAUUAUUUCGAAGGACAAAACGUCGACCACGGUUUUCCGGAUUCUACAUGAUAUUGCAGGGGCACAGAAACUUGUGAAUAAGUAUAAGGAGCAUAACGGAACUACUAUUCUCCCACAAGUUUUUGAAAAGACUCCAACAACAGCUAAACGUUCUUGA